AAUGAAAAAAACGCUCUGUUUCUCGUCUUGACCCCAACUGAAGCGUCUCUCUCUCUGGCCAGUUCGGGACCUGGAGGCUGGAGCCGUGUUCGCAUCCACAUCGCCGGCGAGCAGCGUGUUGCCGGAGAGGCGGAGACGUCGCGCGAGCACCCACCCACCCACACCCACCCACCAUGGACGAGAAGGAGUUCCGGCGCAUGCUCGAGCUCUUCCCCGUCGUCCGGUCCCGCGACUACUGUGCUGAGGCUGGAACAUCAAGCAGAGGCACCAGGCAGCAAUCACGAGUUCAGGAGGCAACGAAGGGCAAUAAAAAGGAUUCAUCUGGUGCAGAAGAUCUGUUUAUGCAGAAGUUGAAGAUGGCUGCUGAGAAAAAGAUUGGAGCAACAAAGGCAGAGUUCUUCUGCAAGGCAUUUGAAGAAGCUCAUGAGAAACUUGUUUACAAAGAGCUGAAUCUGGAUGCUGCUAAGAAGUUUCUAAGUGCGUAUGAGAGCUGAUGGUGGAACUAUAGGCAGAUGCUGCUCGAAGAUCCGCAGGUGCCAAUGAUCCGAUGCAAUUGAUUGGAAGUAGAUGCUGUUGAGGCUUUGGUCGGCUGGCUACAUUUGCAGACAGUAGAUGUUACUUAUUGGUUGGCUACAUUUUUUUUUGGCUUGUUUUAUAUACUGCAUUCCUACCAUCCAAAGAGGCCAUAGCUCAAUUGUGUUUGGAUUUGUCGAUUAACCUUGAAUUUCCCGAGUAUGGGAGACUCGGUAUAUCAAAAUCCAUUCAUGCUUGAGCAUCGGUGCCUCCAACUUCUACAUUCUGACCCGCAGAAUAGACAGUAUAUGUCAACAAUUCGUGCAUUCAUGAGUCAGGUGUCCCCAACUUGCCCAUUCAAGUUUGAGCAUGUAUUGAGCAAGUACAUUUGAAUCAGGAUACUAUUCCGAUA